AUGGUAGAGAGAUUGCGGGACUAUCCCUACUACUUUUCCGCCGUCCAAAGAAUAAAUCAGUUCCUAGCCCAACCCGAACGGGAUGAUAUCCAAAAAAAUCUUCUUAUCCCCGAGCGUAUUACUAGCAUCACUUUUCAGCAACAAGGUAAAGUUAACCGUCUCGCGGGAGAAAAUGGUUCCGGAAAGAGCACACGGAUACUUCUGGCUCUGGGUUUGAAUUUAAUCACUAAUGGUUUAUCCACCGGACAAAAACAAUUAGCCGACUUAAAUAAUCUCUUUACUGCUAGUGUCGACAAAGAAGUUUUUAUUUUCGACGAAGCUGAUAAUGCUCUCGAUACCAACCAUCGCCAAGAAUUCCGCAAAAAAAUCACCACCCUUAGUAAAAAGAAAUUGGUUAUUUUGGGGUAUUUAUUGAUUAUUCCUAAUCUAACCAUUGCUACUAACAAAACCAAAAUAAAAACUGUGGAAUAUUCGGGACGCGGAGUUUUGGCCAAAAUCAUAUUAAGUGUUCCGAACCAAGUUAGUUCUGAGACAUUUAUUAACUCGUGUCACGAAGUUCGAAUACAGGGUUUAGAGAGAAUAAAACUGGUCGAUGUUAAGAAGGAACAAGGAAUUUUGUGGGGGAAAUAUGAGAUUUUGUUUGAAAAGAAAUUAACCGAGGAAAAAUUAAACCAGUUAGCGGAAAAAUUGCUUCGUUAUCUCUCUGUUAUUCUAGAAAAAUUCAAGAUUCCGGCGGAAAAAUUGCCGACGAUGAGUAUCAAAAAAAAUGAAAUUGGGGGGUUUCUUGAUUUUAUUACUCAGCACAGCCCGGAAAUUGAUAAUUUAAUUAAAUGGGGGGUUUUGGUCUCGGGCGACGUCGAAGAAAGAUUAGACUUGCUGAUUGAUUUACUUGAUAAGAAGAAAAUUGACAAAAAAGUUGAAACUGAAAUCCGUAAUCGUCUGAAAAAUCAAUACGAAAAGCAUUAUCUGCAAGAAAAGUUACGGACAAUUAAAAGAAAACUAGCCGAGAUAGAAAAUUUAGAAGGGGGCAAAAAAGACGCCAUUAAAAAUGAACCACAAAGUUAUUUGGAACAAUUGGAAAGAGAACCUUAUCCCGAAAGUGUAAAAAAGGUAGUGCGAGAAGAAAUUAAUCGUUACGAAAUGAUGCCGCCUUAUUCUAGUGAAGCCAGUUUUGCUCGCUGCAAACUGGACGAGAACCACUACGGUUUAACCGAUAUUAAAGAAAGAAUUAUCGAAUAUUUGGCUGUGCGGAAAAAACUAAAAGAAAGCGAUAAAAAAGAAAAAGAAUCGGUGGCACAAAUUAUAUGUUUUGUUGGCCCGCCCGGAGUAGGAAAAACGUCUUUGGCUCGGUCGAUUGCCGACGCCUUAGGUUUAAAAUUUGCUCAUGUUUCUGUGGCUGGUAUGCGGGACGUGGCUGAAAUAAAAGGACACCGCCGAACUUAUAUCGGAGCCAUGCCGGGUCGAAUUAUCCAAUCAGUAAAAAAAGUUGGGGCGGAAAAUUUUGUUUUUCUUAUUGAUGAAAUCGAUAAAGUUUCUUACGACCAUCGGGCUGAUCCCAUAGACGCAUUGCUGGAAGUCUUAGACCCGAACCAAAAUUUUGAAUUUACUGAUGACUAUCUGGGUAACGACGUUCCUUUUGAUCUUUCCAAAAUUAUUUUUAUUUGCACUGCUAAUAGCACUUGA